AUGGCCGACGACGAGCGCAAAACCAAGCGAUCUCGCUUUGAUCAAACCGAACCAGAGCCUCGUCGCUCCCGAUUCGAUCGUCGUUCGCGAUCGCCCUCUGCCAGACAAUCUGAGUCGACUCGUACCCGCAGCCCGCUCAGUCGCGAACCUAACAGCCCUGCCUCCAAACCUCCUACCGACCCUGCUGCGGCAGCAGCGGCCGCCGCGGCUAAGAUCAAUGCCCAGCUUCAAGCCAAGAAGGGCAUCCAACAUGUUGAUGUCCCUCCAAUUCGUUCGACUGACAGCCCCGGAGGAGAGGACCCAGCCGGGGCGGACGGCAAGCCCCGCGAGUCGUAUGUUACGGAUGGAGACUUUAUCAAGGAUCUCGAGAUCAACGAUCUGCGCAAUCGAUACACCUUGACGAAAGGUUCUACUCAGAAAUUGAUUAAAGAUGAAACUGGCGCCGAUGUCACCACCCGCGGAAGCUAUUUCCCCGACAAGAGCAUGUCGACAGCGGCUGGCAUGGCUGACCGUGCUUCUAGAACCCCCCCUCUCUACCUUCACAUCACGAGCACUACUAAAGAAGGCCUCGAUAAGGCCAUCGAAUUGAUUGACGAUCUGAUGAAAAAGGAACUUCCUAACCUAGUCGACGAGCGUCGGUUUCGCCGACGAGAGCCCGAACAGCAGGUUGAGCGGGAUGAGUACGGCCGUCGCAAAUGGCCGGAUGAGCGCAUUCCAAUCGACCUGGAGCCUAUUCCCGGAUUCAAUCUGCGUGCCCAGGUUGUUGGUCAGGGUGGUGCGUAUGUGAAGCAUAUCCAACAGAAGACCCGCUGCCGUGUCCAGAUAAAGGGCCGUGGCUCUGGAUUCAUUGAAUCAAGCACUGGCCAAGAAAGUGACGAGUCGAUGUUCUUGCAUGUUGCUGGCCCGGAUGCCAAUGACGUCCAAGAAGCGAAGGCACUUUGCGAAGAUUUGCUUGCCAACGUCCGCGAACAAUACCAGCGCCACAAGGACAACCCGCCUCAGUACAACAACUACGACCGCGGGGAUCGUGGUGACCGAUACCACGGGGAUCGUUAUCAAGGCGGCGGUCGUGGCGGCGGUGGUUACGGUGGUGGUUACAACGACCGUCAUCAACACUCGAACUCUCCUGCUGCUGCUAGUCCCAGUGGACAGGGCCAGGCCGCUGCUCCUGCAUCCGGUGCUGCCGCCAACAGCAUGGCUGACUAUAGCGCACAGUAUGCACAGUACUACGGAGCUGACCCCUAUGCCGCCUAUGGUGGAUAUCAAAACUAUGUCGCCUACUACCAAUAUUACCAAGCAGCCGCUGCUCAACAGCAACAGCAGCAACAAGCCGCAGAGGCCGCUCCUCCUCCGCCUCCUCCGGCGGGUGAGGCACCCCCCUCCACCUCCCCCAGGCUCAGGAUCUCCUCCCCUCCUCCUCCCGGUGGAGCCCCUGGCGGAGGAGGUAGUUAUAGCGCGAUUCCUCCCCCUCCCGGCCUCUAG